UCUAGGUGAACCGCCGCUAUGUCUGGGGGCUACUAUAGCGUCCGGCAGUACAGUGAGUAUAGUGACGAAUACGAUGACAGUGAUGAUGAAGAUAGUGAUGAUUAUGACAGUGACGAUGAUGACUAUGACUCUGACUCCGAUGACGUGUACGUCACCAGGACAAUCAGAUCUAGAACAUUAGCAGACGGUUCCCGUCACUUUACAAACCAAGCCCAAUUAUCCGAGCUCCUUGCUGAACUUGGCAGCCAGCGGAAGACCGGAGAAUUCCUUGAUGUGGUGGUACAAGUCGAGGGUAGAGAGUUCCCCUGUCACCGGGCUGUGUUGGCAUCCUCGCCGUACUUCAAAGCCAUGCUGUCCUCGAACCUUGCUGAAAGUAGUUCAAGAGUCAUACAGCUGCGUGAGAUUGACUCCAACAGCUUCUCAAAGAUCCUGGACUUUUUGUAUACCGGGAAAAUCCGCAUCGGUAAAGACGACAUCCAGGACAUUCUGAAGACGGCGCACAUGCUACAGUUGGACAAGAUUGUGGAGUUUUGCUCUGGGUUCCUCCAAGAUUACCUCUGCCCGUCCAACUGUCUGGGUGUAAUACGCCUGGCAGAGCUGUAUGGAUUUUCUCUCUUGAAGACAAGAGCAAGGAACAUGGCAUUGUCAAAAUUCCCCGAUGUCUCACAAGACGAGGAGUUCCUUACCCUUUCGGUGCAAGAACUUGCAGAUCUACUUGGAGACAAAGAUCUGAUUGUAAAAAAUGAAGAGGACAUUGUCCAUUCUGUACUCAGAUGGCUCGACCAUGACCCUGAGAAGCCCAGAACAGGAAUCCUAGAAGUUAUACAAGAGAUCCAUCUGUCUUGUGUGAGAGUCAGCGUGCUACAGCAGCUGGAGUCUCACCCUGUGAUACAUGAGUCCACAGAAUGCCUGGCAAAAAUCACAGCGGCUAAGGAGAAACAUAUUUUAGGUACCAAGGUAGAGGGAGAGGAUGUAAGUUGUCCUAGACGCCGUGACAACCUUGCAAUCAUAGUUGGUGGUUGGAAGGCAGUCAGUGCACACCCGACACCCCUGCAAAGAUUAAUUUGCUUUGAUCCAGACCGUAAGAAGGAAUUCUACCACAUCACUACCCUCCCCACACCUGUCUCUGGCUACAUGAGCGUGGCAAGUGCAGGGAGACACCUGUACGUGACAGGUGGGCGGGUUCAUCCUCUACUCGGCCAGGGUCCCCAUUCUGCUCCAUCCAGGCAGGCCUAUCGGUACGAUUUCCCUUCGGACGCCUGGCUGAAGCUACCCGACAUGCCUCGCGGCAGAGCAGGGCAUCAAUCGGUUGUUGUUGACGGGAAACUCUUUGUGGUUGGCGGCGACACUGAUCAUGAGAUGACAUCUUCAAUGACGAUAGAUUGCUAUGAUCCUGAAGAAGGGGCUUGGAUAAAGGACUGUGUUGGCCCGCCAUUUGCUACUGUGCUGCCGAAAUUACUCACUUCAUCGAGCUUGACAGUAACAGCCCAUGGGGACAGAAUUGUAUUCAUCAGUUUGUCAAAGAUCGUCAAUAUGUCCCAGUCCCAGCGAGGGGGACAACGAAAACUCUGCAUCCAUGCAUUUGAUGUGACAACCAACGAUGUAAAGUAUGCCGAUAUCCUGGUGGGUAACCCAGAUUUAGAGGACGUGAUUCGUGCAACACCUGUCAAUGACAAGCUAUACAUCCUUGUUGAUAUAGAUAGAUUUGACUGUCUAUAUAUCUUUAAUGUCAAAGAGGAGACCCUAACUUGGGGGGAUCGACGAGAUUGGAUAGAGAAAGUCCUUCGCACUGAAAGGAAGACCAGCUACUGCAACAUGGAUGUACCGAAGGGCGUAAUGAAUACCAUUACCAGUUACAUAUGGUCAGACUCAGACACCAUUGGUAUUGGAAUCGACACAUCCCUUCCGUUUCCCAUAUUUGGCCACAGCUUCCUCCAGACCAAGAAGAGCCGUGUCGGGUGGUACUGCCGGGACCUUGCAGCACUGAAGAGAGAUGACGAGAGCACCAUGUCCGGGGGCUACUAUGACGAAAAUGGCUUCUGGCAGUACAGGUAUAGUAACGAUGGCUAUGAGAGUUACGAUGAUGAUGACUAUGACCCCGACAACUUGUACGAAGGAGUGACAGACCGAACAUUAGAAGACGGUUCCCGUCACUUUGCAAACGAAGCCCAAGGACCCGAGCUUCUUGAUGAACUUGUAAGCCAAUGGAAGAACGGAGAAUUCCUUGAUGUGGUGGUACAAGUCCAGGGUAGGGAGUUUCCCUGUCACCGGGCUGUGUUGGCAUCCGUGCCAUACUUCAAAGCCAUGCUGUUGUCCAACCUCUCUGAAAGUAGUUCAAACGUCAUACAGCUGCGUGAGAUAGACUCCACCAGCUUCUCCAAGAUUUUAAAUUUCCUGUAUACCGGGGAAAUUAGCAUUGGUAAAGAUAAUGUCCAGGACAUUCUUAAGGUGGCACACAUGCUACAAUUAGACAAGAUUCUGAAGCACUGUCGCUUAUUCAUCCAAUACAACCUCUGCCUUUCCAACUGUCUGGGCAUCAUGCGCCUGGCAAACCUGUAUGGUCUUUCUUUUCUGAGGAAGAGAGCGAGGAACAUGGCAUUGUCAGACUUCCAAGAAGUCACACAGGAUGAGGAGUUCCUUACGCUUUCGGUGCAAGAACUUGCAGACCUACUUGGAGACAAAGAUCUGAGGGUAAAAAAUGAAGAGGACAUUGUCCAUUCUGUACUCAGAUGGCUCGACCAUGUCCCUGAGAAGCCUAAAACAGGAAUCCUAGAAGUUAUACAAGAGAUCCGUUUGUCUUGCGCGAGGGUCAGCGUGCUACAGCAGCUGGAGUCUCACCCUGUGAUACGUGAGUCCGCAGAAUGCCUGGCAAAAAUCACUGCAGCUAAGGAGAAACAUAUUUUUGGUACACGGUUAGAGGGAGAGGAUGUAAGUUGUCCUAGACGCCCUGACAGCCGCUGGCAUGAUAACCUGGCAAUCAUAGUUGGUGGUUGGAAGGCAGUCAGUGCACAGCCGACACCCCUGCAAAGCAUAAUUUGCUUUGAUCCAAACCCUAGUAAGGAAUACUACCACAUCACUACCCUCCCAACCAAUGUCUCCGGCUACAUGAGCGUGGCGAGUACAGGGAGACACCUGUACGUGACAGGUGGGCGGGUCCAUCCUCUACUCGGCCAGGGUCCUCAUUCUGCUCCAUCCAGGCAGGCCUUUCGGUACGAUUUCCCUUCGGACACUUGGCUGAGGCUGCCCGACAUGCCUCGUGGUAGGGCAGGGCAUCAGUCAGUGGUCGUUGACGGGAAAAUCUUCCUUGUCGGCGGUGACACUGAGACGAUGUCUGUGGCAGUGACCAUAGAUUGCUAUGAUCCUGAAGAAGGGGCUUGGAUAAAGGACUGUGUGGGCCCGCCAUUUGCAACUGUGCUGCCGAAAUUACUCACUUCACCGAGCUUGACAGUAACAGUCCAUGGGGACAGAAUUGUAUUCAUCAGUUUGUCAAAGAUCGUCGAUAUGUCCCAGUCCCAGCGAAAGAGACAACGAAAACUCUGCAUCCAUGCAUUCGAUGUGAAAACCAACGAUGUAAAGUAUGCCAAUAUCCUGGUGGGUAACCCAGAUUUAGAGGACGUGAUUCGUGCAACACCUGUCAAUGACAAGCUAUACAUCCUUGUUGAUCAAAAUAGAUUUGACUGUCUAUAUAUCUUUAAUGUUGAAGAGGAGACCCUAACUGCGGGUGAUCGACGAGAUUGGAUAGAGAAAGUCCUUCGCGCAGAAAGGAAGCCCAGCUACCGCAACACGAAUGUACCCGAGGGCGUAGUGAAUACCAUUACCGACUACAUGUGGUCAGAUACCAUGGGUUUUGGAUUCGACAAACCCCUUCCCUUUGCCUUACUCGGCCAGAGCUUCCUCCACACCAAGAAGAGCACUGUCGGGUGGUACUGCCGGGACCUUGCAGCACUGGGGAAAGAGGACGAGCAAGAGAAUUGA